AUGGCGACAAUCGUUCAACAGUUAUGGAGCAUUAGAGUUGUGCUGUUAUUGGUCACUACGCCCAUGCUACUGCUCCCGUUACCUUUGUACAUUGGCUCACAGGAGGCCAAGGCAGCAUUUGUGUUAUUGUUAAUGGCAAUAAUGUGGGUCACAGAGGCGCUACCCAUCUCCGUUACUGCAUUAUUUCCAGUAUUUCUCUUCCCAAUGCUAGGUGUUGUAACUGCUAAAGAAAUUGCUCCUGAAUAUAUGUCUGAUACAUUGAUGAUAUUUAUUGGAGGACUAAUUAUGGCAACUGCUAUAGAAGUAUGGGAUAUUCACAAACUGGUAGCAUUAAGGAUUCUGCUUUUAGUUGGCUCUAAACCCAGAUGGUUGAUGUUGGGUUUAAUGAUACCAACGUGGUUUCUAUCAAUGUUUGUGAGCAAUACAGCAACAACCGCUAUGAUGAUACCAAUUGCUCAAGCACUAUUAGUUCAAUUAAAAGAGACCCACAAACUGCUGAAACACAUAUCCGGACGGAUUAAUCAGACUAUUCUUUUAUUUGAUAGAAAAGACGAAGAAGAAGAUGGUGACAAGCAAUUUAAGAAUGUAGGUAAAGCAAUAUCGUUGUGUAUUUGUUAUGCAGCUAAUUGUGGUGGUAUAGGUGCUCUAACUGGAACUGGGCCGAAUCUGGUUUUAAAAAACUAUGCUGAUGACAUAUAUUCCAAAAAUGGGCUGAAGUCACCCAUCAAUUACGCUACAUGGAUGGCAUUUGGUUUACCUCUAGCGUUUCUGGUAUUGAUUGUAACCUGGGUUUGGCUACAGAUUUUCUUUCUUCGAUGUUCAGAUGUGAGUAGUUGUUACCAGAAAAACAAAGAAGAGAAGAAAGAUAAUAAAGUACAUCUAUUAGUUAAAGAACAAUAUGAUGCUUUGGGACCUAUUUCAUAUGCCCAGAAAAAUGUUUUAGUAUUGUUUACAGUUUUGGUUAUUUGUUGGAUAUCACGUGAUUUAGGUGGUGUUGGUGGUUGGGGUAAUUUAUUUAGAAAUGGGUAUGUUUUGUAUGUUAAAGAUUCGACACCAGCCAUAUUAAUAGCUGUUAUAUUAUUUUUUCUACCAUCAGAAUUACCAGCUAUAUUCUGCUGUCGCAAGCUUAAAGAUGCUCGGGUCAAAACUCCUCGACCAUUGUUGUUAUGGCAAGACGCUCAUGAAAAAUUACCAUGGGGUAUAUUUAUUUUAUUAGGAGGAGGAUUUGCCUUAGCCAAGGGUUGUGAGGUAUCGGGUUUGUCCACCUGGAUUGGUUUACAGUUAGCAGUAUUUGCAGGUCUGAAUAAAUGGUUAAUGCUAUUAAUUCUAUGUUAUAUUUGUGAAUUCCUAACUGAGUUUAUCAGUAAUGUUGCUCUGGCCACUCUAAUGGUUCCAAUUUUAGGUAAUUUGGCUAUUGCAACGGGAGUUAAUCCUCUGUUUUACAUUCUACCUGCAGCCGUGUCAACUUCCUUUGCCUACAUGUUACCUGUAGCAACAGCACCUAAUGCCUUGUGCUUUUCAUAUGGUCAUAUUAAAGUGAUUGAUAUGGCUAUCGCAGGAUUCUUCAUGAAUGUUGUAGCUAUUCCACUGUUAGUGUUUGCAACCUUCACCUGGGGCGAUGCUCUCUUUAAUUUUGAUGUAUCCCCAUUUCACAACGGAACAACAUUCAUCAACAACACAUUGAUAGCAACCAUAUAA